CUCAUUGCUUCUUCAAUUCCAUUCUUCUUAACAAUUAAUUUCUGUCUUCUGUAGUUGCAAGCAUCCCGCAAUUAACAAUGUUUCUGAAACCCUUUUCAGUUUCAGCCUCUUCUCUCUGUUCCAUGAGAGGGGAUGCUCAUGGACAUAGAAGCCCAUUUGUCUUCACAACUAGAACUGCUCCAGCAUCUGCAUCUUUCUUGAACUAUUCUUUCUCUUCGUCCACUGCUUCUGUAACCUUUAUGCAAGGAGGAAGAAACAAAUUCGUUGUUUCUUCAUUAAACGAGAUAGUUGAUGCACCUCUCACUGGAGUGGUGUUUCAGCCAUUUCAAGAGCUCAAGAAGGAGGAUCACCUCGUCCCGGUGUCACCUCAAGUUUCCAUCGCUCGGCAGCGCUAUUCAGAGGAGUGUGAAGCGGCCAUCAACGAGCAGAUCAAUGUGGAAUACAACGUGUCAUAUGUGUACCAUGCCUUGUUUGCGUACUUCGACAGGGACAACAUAGCUCUCAAGGGCCUCGCCAAGUUUUUCGAGGAAUCAAGUGAAGAAGAAAGAGAGCAUGCUGAAAAGUUGAUCAAAUACCAGAACAUACGCGGUGGAAAAGUACUACUACACUCUAUAGUGACGCCCCCAUCAGAAUUCGAUCAUGCAGAGAAAGGAGAUGCUUUGUAUGCUAUGGAAUUGGCAUUGGCUUUGGAGAAGUUAGUGAACGAAAAGCUUCUGAACUUGCACCAUGUAGCAGAUAGCAACAAUGAUCCCCAAAUGACAGAAUUCAUUGAGAGAGAGUUUUUAUCAGAGCAGGUUGAAGCCAUUAAGAAGAUAGCAGAGUAUGUUGCUCAACUGAGGAUGGUCGGUAAAGGACAUGGAGUGUGGCACUUUGAUCAGAUGCUCCUCCAUAAGGGUGAAGAGGCAUUUUGAAGAAUCAUGGUGUUGUUUUAGCUCUUGGUUGUAGUCUACUCCGUACUGCUGAGUUCUCGGGUGGUUUUAUAUAUAGAAACUGUUUAGGUGAAGAUGGUUAAGAGUGAAAAAUCCGAGAGAAUAAGACUUGUUACGGCAAAAUACAUCAAACUUCUUUGUGACAUAUGAGGAUUGAUCUCAGCUGUAACAAUGGCAGAAUGUGUUAUAUUAAUGAGUUAUAUUUUUAGUUUUGUCAA